AUGGCGAAGCUUGAGAUGUACGGCAGAGGGCUAGGCCUUCGAAUGGCCAUUCUGUUCACUUGCCUCACGGCAUUCGUUCUGUUCGGUUACAACCAAGGGGCUAUUGCGGGUGUCCUUGAGAAUGAAGACUUUCGCCGUGUCGUGGGCCAUCCCAGCUCUGCUGUUCUUGGGGUGAUUGUGGGCAUCUACAACAUCGGCUGUUUGGCCGGCGCUGCAGCAGCCUUCAUGACGAGUGACCGCCUCGGAUUUCGAAAGUCCAUGUGGAUUGCCAUGGGCCUUCUAAUGAUUGGGGCGAUUCCACAAGCAUGCGCCUAUUCCAGGGCUCAAAUGCUUGCAUCACGCUUUGUUGGCGGGAUCGGGACCGGAAUCAUGACCUCGAUCGUACCGGUGUACCAGUCUGAGCUUUGUGAAGCGCGGAAUCGAGGAAUGUACGUGUGCAGCCAACCUCUCGCCGUUGGUGUGGGCAUCUCGGGUGCCUACUGGUUCGUUUACGGAAUGAGCUUUGCCCCUGGAUCGGUCGCCUGGAGACUCCCUAUCGCUGCGCAAAUGAUCUUCAUUAUCAUCGUGGCCAUUCUUGUUGCUGGACUACCGGAAAGCCCUCGAUGGCUCUGCCGCAAAGGUCUGAGCGAGGAGGCCGUGCGAGUUCUCUGUGACUUUUAUGAUAGGUCCGAGAAUGACCCUAAAGUCGUUAAUGAUGCGGAGGGGAUUUUCAGAGCCACUGAACUCGACAACCUUCGGGGCGAGUACAAGUGGUCACAGGUGCUGAAGAAAGACGAGAUUCAAACUGGCCGUCGAGUCUUGUUGGCCUAUGGGUUGCAGUUCAUCAACCAGAUGGGAGGCGUCAACCUCAUCGUCUCUUAUGUCACAACAGUGCUGCAACAUAAUGUUGGCCUAGACCGUCAGACCAGCUUGCUUCUAGGAGGAGUGAUCCAAGUCAUGUUUGUCAUUGGUAAGUCCUUUCUGCCUGUCUUCGCCUCAUCCAACUAUGCAACACAACGUCCAUCCCCAGCCUCUUUCAAGCUAAGCCGCGGAAUUCUCCAAUAUCCAGGUUCUUUCUAUCCGACUUUCUACUCCGAUCGCCUUGGCCGGAAGAAACCGAUGAUGUGGGGAUCCUUUGGCAUGUUCAUCUGCAUGAUGAUGAUUUCCAUUCUUCUCUCCUUCAAAGGAACACCGCAAGAGAAGCCCGCCGGCUCCGCUUCAGUCGCAUUCUUCUUCCUCUUUAUGCUCAUUUUUGGCGCGUCCACUAACUGCGUCCCCUGGGUGUACGGGCCCGAACUCCUGCCUAUGCAUGUUCGCACAAAAGGGAACGCCAUCGGAAUUUCGGCAAACUGGCUGUGGAAUUUCUUCGUCGCCAUGAUUGGCCCAACCCUGAUCACCGAUCUCGAGUGGAAGGGGUACCUUAUCUUCAUGUGCUUGAAUCUGGCUUUCCUCCCGAUCCUCUACCUCUACUACCCCGAAACGGCAAACCUCAGCCUCGAGGAAAUCGACUCCCUCUUCAUGGUGAAGGGCGCCAACCACAACUCCAACUCUUCGCCCAGUGCUAGCGCAAGCACUAACUCAACUGGUGACCCGGCUUCUGCUGUUGCUGGAAUAAAGGGCACGGCCCAAUCCCGAAGUCAAGCCCAGGGGCAGCCGCAGAUCUCCGAGAUCUCCGAGAAGGAGGGUGGCUCGUUUCCUUCGGAUUGA